CUGGCUCCGGCUCCUGGGCGGAGGAGAGACACUUUUCUCCUCCUUUUCCUCUUUGUUGCCGUCGUGGAGGGGGAAGAGAGCAGCUCCUCUGGGUCAAGGCCACGGGGAGGGGGCCAGCGCUGGCCCUGGGGCUCAGCCCUCGCUGUGCUGCUGUGGGAAGGGCUGGGGGCAGCCCGGGCAGGGGGGUGGUCCCGGCAGCGGGGGGUGGUCCGGCGCGGCCGGGGAUGCUGCAGCCGGCCGGGGGUGGAGCGGAGCCGCCGGCAGCCGGGAUGCUGCCAAGGGCAGGGCCACGACACGGCCCCGCGUUCUCCGGGCUGCCGCCCCACCACGCAGCCCCCAGAGGCAACAACCCCACCCCAGGCUCAGCAGCCCCCAGCCCCAAAUCCCCCUGCCCGUUCCCCGCCAUAGCUGGGCACGAUGGGGCAGUGCCCACCCCAAAGAGCCCCCAGCCUCACACACAAAGCCACUGCCACAGCUCCUGCCCUACACCCACACCCCACACACGUCCUGAGCUGUCCCGGGGCUGCAGGGUGCUGUGGUGGCACACGGGAUGCUGUGGCAGGUGCAGGCAGCACCGGGGCCUCGCUGAGAGGAGCAGCCCAAAAGGACAAGAUGAAGCAGCUCUUCCUGCUCUUCCUCCUCGGGCUCAUCACCGGCUCCUUGCAGAUCGAAGACAACAAGAUCCCUGGGCUGUGCUCAGGGCAGCCGGGCAUCCCGGGGACCCCGGGUCUGCACGGGGGCCAGGGUUUGCCAGGCAGAGAUGGACGAGAUGGCCGUGAUGGAGCCAUGGGGAUGCCAGGGGAGAAGGGCGAGAUGGGCCCUCCUGGAGUGCCCGGUCCCCGAGGGGAGGUGGGCAGCCCCGGCGUGGACGGGCUGCACGGCGAGAAGGGCGCUCAGGGCGAGUGCGCCGUGGCUCCUCGCUCCGCCUUCAGCGCCAAGCGCUCCGAGUCCCGCAGCCCUCCCCUGGCCGACCAGCCCAUCCUCUUCGACGUGGUGCUCAUCAACGAGCAGGGCCACUACGACCCGGCCACGGGCAAGUUCACCUGCGAGGUGCCCGGCCUGUACUACUUCGCCGUGCACGCCACCGUGUACCGCACCAGCCUGCAGUUCGACAUCAUGAAGAACGGCCACUCCAUCGCCUCCUUCUUCCAGUACUACGGCAACUGGCCCAAGCCCACCUCGCUCUCUGGGGGCACCCUGGUCCGCCUGGAGCCCGAGGAUGAGGUGUGGGUGCAGGUAGGGGUGGGGGACUACAUCGGCUUCUACGCCAGCGUCAAGACGGACAGCACCUUCACCGGCUUCCUCGUCUACUCCUACUGGCAAAACUCCGCCGUGUUCGCCUGAGCCAGCCCUCGGCUGCGGGUGGGGCCGGGCAGGUGCCCCUUCCCAGCCCCCAGCGCGGUGGGAGCCGGGGCAGCGCGACCCCUGCCCCGUGCGGGGCACAGAAACGCUCCCUGUGCCAUCGCGGGGGUGACGGAGCCCCCCUGGAGUAGCGCUGGGUCAGAGCUCGCUGUUAUUUCGGCCACCCCCAGGGCAGGGCAAGCCGGGUUGAGUGGCCAGGAGCCCGUCCCGGGGGUCCUGCCCCAUCC